UAAAGCACAAAACAUUUAUGUAAACUAUCUUCCUCAAUGAGAGACUCCUCAACAACAACAUCUACCAAAUCCUCACCGCUAUGGAAACCCUUUGCCUCAAACUGUUGCUCCGUCGAUGACCAAACCGUCUUGGGGAAUUUAAGCCGUUGUCGACCUUCCAAAUCGGAGUUCUCCAAGAACCAUCUCGGACCACUUCCUUCUUUCCGACGACUCUCCUUCGCCGAUCUAAGCCGUUCUUCUUCGGCUAGGAUAAAUGAAGAUCUCGCAGAGGCUCUCGGAGCCGAUUUAGUGGAUUUUCGGAUGUGUGAACUUAAAAUGAUCACGCAGUGUUUCUUUCGGAACUAUCUUCUCGGAGAAGGUGGGUUCGGUAAAGUUUAUAAAGGUUACAUCGAUGAGAAUCUCCGACAAAGUCUCAAGGCUCAGCCUGUUGCUGUCAAGCUACUGGACAUUGAAGGGCUUCAAGGACAUCGUGAAUGGCUUUCUGAAGUCAUACUCCUUGGACAACUAAAGCACCCAAAUCUAGUCAAGCUUAUCGGUUACUGCUGCGAGGAGGAAGAACGAGUCCUUAUCUACGAGUUCAUGUCACGUGGUAGCUUGGAAAAUCACCUCUUCAAGCGGAUAUCAAUAUCGCUUCCUUGGGCUACGCGGCUGAAAAUUGCUGUCGCAGCUGCUAAGGGUUUGGCGUUUUUGCAUGAUUUAGAGAGUCCAAUAAUUUACCGUGAUUUCAAGACUUCUAAUAUACUACUCGAUUCGGAUUUUACCGCGAAACUAUCAGAUUUCGGUUUGGCAACAAUGGGACCAGAAGGAUCCAAAUCUCAUGUCACAACUCGAGUCAUGGGCACCUAUGGUUAUGCUGCUCCUGAAUAUGUGUCAACAGGGCAUUUGACGACAAAGAGUGAUGUAUACAGUUACGGAGUCGUGUUACUCGAGCUCCUAACGGGAAGAAGAGCCACCGAAAAGUCACGGCCGAAAAACCAGCAGAACAUCAUCGACUGGGCAAAGCCUUACCUAACCAGCAGCCGUCGUCUCCGAUGCGUUAUGGACCAGAGGCUCGCUGGUCAAUACUCUGUCAAGGCAGCUAAGGAUACGGCUCUUCUCGCCUUGCAAUGUGUGAGCCCUAACCCUAAAGACCGGCCUAAGAUGCCUGUCGUUGUGGAGGUUCUUGAGAGUCUCAUGCAUCAUAAGGACAUGGCGAUUUCCUCCGGCCACUGGUCACCGUCUCCUAGCUCACAAGGCGGCAAGGUCUCGCAAAAGGUUAGAGGGGAUAAUGGAAACUCUCGAAAAUCAGCUCCGGGUUCACUAAGAUCGUGAAAUCAGGGAUUGAUUAAAUUCGAUAAACGUGUGAUAUGUCUUUUGUGUGUGUGUGUGUAUAUUUAUGGAAUGCAUGUGGCUAAACAUAUCUAAGUGUGUGACAUAGUAAUAUCAACAAAAGAAAAAACAUUUUUAAAGGACAAGAAUACGAGUCCUUCCAGUACAAAUUUCAGUUAUGGUUAGCUACUGUAGAUGUCUUAAAUGUCAAAGAACAUUUGAUUUUUGUUUACUUAAUAGUAUCUCCAAAAGAAA